CACGACCUUGAACCUGUCAGUUAGAACGUCUUAUUCCUCGAACCAACACAGUAAAAGAAACAACACUCCAACUCUGAUUUAAAUUCAAGAUUUUCUGUGUUUUUUCUUUCGUCAACCUCGUUUAAUCUCUCCUCCAGAUCUGUUUCUUAAAUUAUAAAAGAAAAAAACAGAGAAGGGUUUUUCCAUUAAAUCCUGUUUAUUUAUCGAGGGUUGCAGAAAAGGAGCAAGGGAAAAUGCGUAGCCGGGGAUCGAGUAACCGGCUAUCUAACUCUGGUGGCUCUGCUUUCCAUUCUCGAUUUUCGGCUAUGGUUCUCGCCAUGUUUGCUACCAUGGCUACGAUUUACGUUGCCGGCCGCAUGUGGCAGGAUGCAGAGAGCAGAGUAUAUUUAAUUCAAGAACUUGAUAAGCGAACUGGUCAGGGUCAUUCUGCUAUAUCUGUUGAUGAUACACUAAAAAUUAUAGCGUGCAGGGAACAACAGAAAAAACUAUCAGCUGUUGAGAUGGAGCUAGCGGCUGCUAGGCAGGAAGGUUUUGUUUCAAAGCAGCACUUGGAGAAUGAUGGUACUCAUUCUAAGAAAAGGCUUUUAGCUGUUAUAGGAAUUGUCACAACAUUUGGACGGAAGAAAAAUAGAGAUGCAAUUCGGAAAGCAUGGAUGCAAUCUGGUGCGGCUUUGAAAAAAUUGGAAGGAGAGAAGGGAAUCGUUGUGCGAUUCGUAAUAGGAAAAAGUGCAAAUCGUGGAGAUAGUUUGGACAGAGAGAUCGACAAUGAAAACAGCCAGACUAAUGACUUCAUUAUUCUGAAUCAUGUGGAGACGCCUGAGGAAAGAUCAAAGAAGAUUAAAUUUUUCUUUGUUCAUGCUGUAGAGAGCUGGGAUGCGGAGUUCUAUGUUAAGGUCAACGAUGAUGUUUAUGUUAAUAUUGAUGCCCUAGGAGCAACACUUUCUGCUCAUAUGGAUAAGCCUCGUGUUUAUCUGGGGUGUAUGAAAUCAGGAGAAGUUUUCUCUGAACCGACUCACAAAUGGUAUGAACCAGACUGGUGGAAAUUUGGAGAUAAAAAAUUAUACUUUCGGCAUGCUUCAGGUGAAAUAUACGCCAUCUCAAGAGUUUUGGCACAGUUUAUCUCAAUUAAUAGGUCUAUUCUUCGGACGUAUGCUCAUGAUGAUGUAAGUGCAGGGUCAUGGUUUAUUGGGCUUGAUGUGAAGCAUGUUGAUGAGGGGAAAUUUUGCUGCUCGUCCUGGUUGACAGGUUCGAUAUGUGCAGCUGUCUGAUGUGACUAACCUGAUUUAUUUCAACACCAUUGAUAUACAUAUAUAGUGAGGCCAUUGUUUUCCUGCAUCAUCCGGGAUGCUGUUUUGGUAUGAACUCAGAGCUUAAGCAUUAUUUCCCGGACAAUGAUCUUGAGUUUGGAAUUGCCAAAUUAUUGACAUCAGAGGUUUCAGUUAGAAUUGAUUCCUUAAUUCAACCCUGGUUCUUCCAAGUUCCCACAGCUGUAGAUGCAAGCAACAUACUCAUCAUUUUUAAAAAUUCAGGCACAAAAGUUUUUCCUGCCACUGAUGUACAUAGCUUCAUUCUUAAAUUUGAUUGACAAAUUUUCAAUUUUUCAGACAAAAAAUGAAGAGUUUUCUCAGCAGUUUUUUGUUUUCAGAGUCAAGAAUUUCAGAUUAUUGAUAAGAUAUUGGCUCUCAUUCUCUCAUCAUUUGAAAGACAUUAAGAAGAAGGUAGUAGUUGUUUUACAAUAGAAAAAGCAUUUACACAA